CUAUAACGAACAUCGUAUUCAAGUGUAAGGGUGUCCAUAUGUGCAAUCGUCAACGGUAAACCGUAGACCGCAGUUCAAUGAUCGACUUUGUGGUCGUGCCAUCGGACUUGGGGCAGCAUCUCUUGAACGCUCGGUUGAAGAGAGAGGCGGAACUGAUUACCACCUAAUCCUUAAAAAUAUCUCUUUAUGUGGCCUAAUAUCAAAUGACACCGAAACCGGUGGUUGAAGACCCAUGCCCUGUAGGACAUUCUCAUUAAAAUGUAAUUGUAAUGAGAACUUAUGACAAACACCAUUUCAAAGUAGGGAAAGCUUUGCCUGGAGCAGAUUUAGGAUGCUCCGCUACGUGUGGCACAUUCUGUGUUCCUGGAGCAGACCUGGAGAAUAAAAAUUGAAUUGACAAAAUAAAUGUUUUCAUCUGGUUACCGCAUUUGGAAAUCGAUUGUUAACAUCCUCACAUCUUGGCAUGAUGUGAAAACACUGGUGUUUAUAUAAGAUUGAUCUUAACAAUACAAGGUACAAUGCAGUGAGCCUGGGCUUUGCCCUGUGGGCUGUUCUGGCUCUGGGACUGAGCUGGGAUGGACUGGGCUCAAUGGCCUUCUCCCUGGCCCUCAACUACAAACAGAUGGAGCUCUACCACGCUCUGCCCUUCUUCUGCUACCUCCUGGGAAAGUGUGUCAAAAUGGGCCUGAUGGGGCGAGGGUUGUUGAUGUUAGUGAAAGUCGCAGCUGCAGUGUUGGUGACUUUUGCCCUCUGCUGGUUGCCCUUCCUGUCUGACCCCGCUCAGACCUUGCAGGUGCUCAGGAGAAUCUUUCCAGUGGCUCGAGGCCUGUUUGAGGAUAAGGUGGCCAACACAUGGUGCAGCUUGAACAUCCUGAUAAAGAUCAGAUCCAUUCUGUCCACUGACUUCCAACUCUACCUCAGUUUGGCCUGCACUGUCCUGGCAGUCCUUCCAUCCUGUAUCAGAGUGUUGACAAAACCGACAUUCUGGCAGUUUAAACUGACCUUGGUCAACUCAUCUCUGGGCUUCUUCCUCUUCUCCUAUCAAGUACAUGAGAAGUCCAUUCUCUUGGCAUCCUUGCCCGUCUGUCUCUUCCUGAAUGACUUUCCACUGGUGUGUGUUUGGUUUCUGCAAGCUUCUACAUUCAGCAUGCUGCCUCUGCUUCUGAAGGACGGUCUUCUGGUGCCAUAUGUUGUGACUUCGCUAGGCUUCCUCUUCUUCAGCACCUACUUACUGUCCGCCCUGAAACACGGUUCAGAGGAAGAGCUUGCACUGGGAGCCUACCACAAGCUCUUUUUCUUCCUACCCAGAAUGGACCUGGCUUGGAUUGUGAGGUGGAAGUUCUAUAUCAGCCUCUCGGCCAUGGCCUGUUUGAGCAUCGCCAGCGUUGCUAUCCCGCCUCCGCCUCAUUUGCCCGACUUGUUUCCUGUGCUCGUCUCUACUUUUUCUUUCGUUCAUUUCUUGGGGACAUUUCUGUACUUCAACGUCGUCCAAUUCAGUCCACCGCCAAGCAAAAAAGGCCAGAAGAAGAACAAAUAAAUCUUGUACACACAAAGGUUAUCCCAGCUGUCUUCAGGCAGUAGGCGGGGGACACCCUGAACUGGUUGCCAGCCAAUCGCAAAUACACACACACACACACACACACACACGUUUUUAUAUACUAUUCUUGUACAAGCCCUUAAUUGACCAUCUUGG